AUGAACAGGCAGUUAGAUCAGUUCCUGCUGCUGGCCCGCGUCUUUGUACUUCCCUUUCUUUCUGUGCCCGCUCUUUCGGACGAGUCCGACCUGAGCUAUGUCACUUGCGGGUCGGUUAUCAAGUUGUUAAACACACUGCGCAAUGUCCGGCUGCACUCGCAUGAGGUGAAGUACGGCUCGGGAACAAUAGUUACUGGAGGAUACGUGGAAGAAGUGACAUUGUUUGCCAACGUGGAACGUACUGGGAAAGAAAAAAAAUUCAAUCCUGGAGCUGAAAUUAUUGGAGGUCAUGAAGUUGAACCGCAUUCAAGACCUUAUAUGGCAUCUCUCCAACUAUAUAUCGGGAACAAUAUGUAUGUUCCCUAUUGCGGAGGUGCUUUGAUCAGACCAAACUGGGUACUAACUGCAGCACACUGUGAAAAGACAAUUGGAUCAGGCCAGGUUCUUCAAGCAGUUCUUGGAGUUCAUUCUCUUUCGAAGCACGAGAUAAGUCAGCAAAGACUACGUAUCAUCAGACAGAUUCCCAUUACAAAAUACAACAAUCUGACUAAGGAAGAUGAUAUCAUGCUGUUGCAACUCGAGACUGAUGCAAAAAUCAACCAGUAUGUGAAUGUGCUCAACCUUCCCAAAGGAGGAAUCACCAACAUGAAAUCUGGAACAAGGUGCACCGUGGCAGGAUGGGGAAAAACAAAAAUAAACAAUUACCCUGACACACUUCAAGAGGUGGAGGUCGAGGUAAUUGAUCGCAGAAAAUGCAACAGCAUGGAUUAUUACAAUCAUACACCUGAAAUAACCCAGGACAUGAUCUGUGUUGGUGACAGCAACGGCAGAGGAGAUUCAUGUCAGGGUGAUUCAGGCGGCCCUUUGAUAUGCAAGAAAAUGUAUACUGGGAUUGUGUCCUUUGGCGGAAAAGAAUGUGCAAUUGCCAAAAGGCCUGGGGUGUACACUUUACUAACAAAGAAAUACAUUGAUUGGAUUCGGGAUACAAUUGGUUGACCGCUGAAGAAUGCUGAAGAGCUGUACUGCGUUAUCACAAUCCUGCUUCACUCUGCUUUACUUACACUGAUGCUCAGUUAAUUGGCCUAGAGGGCCGGCUUGCCUCUAUCCUUACCUUUUCUGUUUUGCAUAAAA